AUGGGAGGCUUAGUUAUUUUCUUAUUUCUCCUUAUUCUGGUGCCAGAGAUCAUUCAAACACAGACUUCCUCAUUAGUGACAGUCAAUAAAUGUCCCUCGAACCAGACAGAAUGGAACAAGACGGCUAAAAUAAAGAAUUGCAAAGGAAAAACACCUGACUACCUGUGUGCUUCCAUAAAGAAUUAUCCCGGGAAACUCGGUGAAAUAUGUACACAAGAGAGCUUGAUCAAACCAGAAACAAAUUACCAGGAAUUUUUCGACGCAAAAAUGCAGAUACACAAUCAGAAGGUUCUGGAAAAUGUGAAUGAUACAGAAGACGCUCACAAUAAUUUAGACAUGGUGGUUGUUUUUACUUUGCUGACAAAUUUCUGUAACAAUAUACAACCUCCCGGGACAGGGUGGGGUUAUAAACCUACAGAUAAUGAUGACUCUCUUGAGGCUGAUAUAGAACGGAUCCGUAUUUUGUGGAACCUAUAUUGUGAUGAUCAAGUUGACGCUCCAAAUCUUCAGGGUGUGUAUGGACGGAUGAUUGGUAGAUUUGGAGAACUUUUUAAUAAAGAGUUUACUAGUUCCAACAAUGUUGAUUGUAAUGCAUUGGAAUCGAAAAUAAAAAGCGUUCGUUUGAGGAGAAACUGUGACGUUGAAGAUGGAGUUGUUGUGACAAAGAACAUUAAGUCAGCUCUGGCACUAUUAGAAUCUUCAGACAUUGUUAUUUGUAUAGGCGCCAUUGGAUGUGGUAAAACAACUGCCAUGAGAUACAUACAAGGAAAAUACGAGGACAAGGGACGGAGGACGGUUUGGUUUGAGGAAUAUAUGAAUGAAGAAGAAGUGAUUGAUUAUAAAAUCAACAACGUUUUCAGAGAAAGAUGUAAAGGUCAUUUAAAAGUUUUAUUAGAAAUACAUCAACAUAUAUAUGAUGCAGUUUUGAAAUUAGGUAAGGUACAGAUUAUGGACAUUAAAAAUUUGAUCGAUUAUGAUCAUCUAGAUAAAACAGAGAUGUUAUUGAUUUGGAAAGAGUUGAAAAAAGAAUGCCACUGCGUUUGUGAUCCAAGUUGUUGGUUUAAAUUGAUAGAGUUUUCUUCUGUAUUAUCAAAUCUGUCCCUCAGUCAAGGACUUGUAGGUAACCCAUUCUUAAUGUCGAUGUAUUGUCAGCACCAUGAAUUCUUCUCUAAUAAGGAUUUCACCAAAUCACCGGUGACUGCGUUAGUAAAUCAUUUCAAUAGCAUGAAAAAGGAGAAUGAGGAACUGUUCCAUGUUCUUGCUUUUAUAAUGUUUGUAAGAGUUUACAAAUUAAACGAAGACAUGAUGCCAUGGGCUGGAAUGAUUUCAGCAGAGUUAACGGAGGAUAGUAUUAAACGAUGUGUGGAAAAGUAUCCUGAAUAUCUGAUUGAAGAAAGUGAUAUUGUAGAACUGAAACAUGAGUUACUAACUAUUUCACUUUUUAAGGUUUUAUACGAAACACUUGUUCACCAUUGUGAUAUAGGGUCUAUUCUCCAGUUAACAAGACCCAAGGAAGAAUGUAACAGUGAUUUUGUCAAUUGUUUACCGCCGUCCCACACAGAAGACAUAUUCGAAGUAAAAUUGUUAGAAAGGGUUUCAAAAGCUAAGGGUUGUCCGUUUGAUAGGCCACAUUUUCUUUCUAGAAAGUGGAAAAAUCUGAAAAAGAAUUCAUAAAUGAAAAUGGAGAUAAUUCAAAGAAAACACCCAUGCAGUUAAAACAAGUUAGAUUUAACAGUCCCUUUUUAACAGGCAUACGUUUUUAAAAGAGAGUAGAAAUUGACGAACAAAAAGUUUGUCCAUUAUGUCAUUACCAUAAUGUUAGGAAAUCCUGCCAUUUGAUAAGUUUGCAAUUUUUCUUGAUUUGGAAAACGACUGCACCGGUCAAGACUUGAAGGUAUGGACAGAAAAAUCUUUUCAAAUAAUCAAAGAGUGUGUGUUUGUUAAAUCAAUUCGCUUGUAUAGAUGUAUCUUAACCUUUAUUAAACAUUUUAACUACUGC